CAGGAGCGCCGGGGCCUUGGGCACGUCCGGCCGGCCCGGGGGAGGGGUGAGGAAGAGGAAGGGGGGGACUCGGCCCCUCACGAGGACGCAUCCGCCCGCAUCCGCCGGGGAGGGGGCAGAGCGCGCGGGGGAGCGAACCGCCGCCGCCGAGACAAAGAGCGGAGCCCGCCUGGGAGACCCCCCCCCCUCCGCCGCCGCCACUGGUGCCAUUACUGCUCCGCUCCCGCCCCGCGGCCGGAAAGCGCCGGGCCCCCGCCCGCCACGAGCCAGCGCUGCCCGGCCCGAGUGAUACCCGUCGGAGUGGCCCAAGUGUCCUCUGCAGCCUUGUGCAUGCAUAAAGGGAAGACUUGCCCCUGACCCCUCUUCCUUCCUUCCUUCCUUCCUAUUGCCCAUGACGGUUGCUGGAGCUCCCUGUCCUUGCUUCUGCAAGUCUUUAGUGACUUCUUGUGAACAUAAUUUUAUUGGAGAAUCCUGCCUUUCGCUGUCUGGAUCCUUUAACAGUGUGCCAAAGAGGGACUCCAUGAAAGAUGACAGAAGAAGUUAUUGUUAUAGCAAAGUGGGAUUACACUGCACAACAGGACCAAGAACUUGACAUCAAGAAGAAUGAGCGUCUUUGGCUGCUGGAUGAUUCCAAAACAUGGUGGAGGGUAAGAAACGCGGCCAACAAAACGGGAUAUGUGCCAUCAAAUUACGUGGAGCGAAAGAACAGCUUGAAGAAAGGCUCCCUGGUUAAAAAUCUAAAAGACACAUUGGGUUUGGGUAAAACAAAAAGGAAGACAAGUGCACGAGAUGCCUCACCUACUCCUAGUACAGAUGCAGAAUAUCCAUCCAACGGUAGCAGUGCAGAUCGGAUUUAUGACCUUAACAUCCCAGCCUACGUUAAAUUUGCCUAUGUGGCAGAGAGGGAGGAUGAGCUGUCCCUUGUUAAAGGAUCCCGAGUCAUUGUUAUGGAAAAGUGCAGUGACGGCUGGUGGAGAGGUAGCUACAAUGGACAGAUUGGCUGGUUUCCUUCGAACUAUGUGGUGGAGGAAGUUGAGGAAGCAACUGCAGAUUCCCCAAGUUUUCUAAGUUUAAGGAAAGGUGCAUCCAUGAGUAAUGGCCAGAGCUCGAAACUACUUCAUGUUGUUCAGACAUUGUAUCCAUUCAGCUCUGUCACAGAAGAAGAGCUCAAUUUUGAAAAGGGGGAAACAAUGGAAGUCAUUGAAAAACCAGAAAAUGACCCAGAAUGGUGGAAAUGUAAAAAUUCCCGAGGGCAAAUUGGUCUUGUUCCUAAAAACUAUGUAGUAAUCUUAAGUGAUGGUCCUACCAUUAACACUUCCCAUCCACCUCCGAUAAGCUAUACAGGGCCAUCUUCUACAGGACGGUUUGCUGGAAGAGAGUGGUAUUAUGGGAAUGUUACCCGGCAUCAAGCAGAAUGUGCCCUAAAUGAGAGGGGAGUGGAAGGGGACUUCCUUGUUAGAGAUAGUGAAUCUUCGCCCAGUGACUUCUCAGUAUCUCUAAAGGCAUCAGGGAAGAACAAACAUUUCAAGGUGCAGCUCGUGGACAAUGUCUAUUGUAUUGGCCAGCGUCGAUUUCAUUCAAUGGAUGAAUUGGUGGAACACUACAAAAAAGCUCCCAUCUUCACCAGUGAACAUGGGGAAAAGUUAUAUCUUGUGAAAGCACUUCAGUGACCUUGAAGAUAGACACUGCCGCCUAGGCCUCUUAUAACUUUCAAGCCUUAGGUCCUAAUUCACUUUUAUAGAACAGAGCAAUCUACUCCCUGAAGCAGGCUUAAAGAAUGGGCUCUUUCCAAAGUGUUUGCUCUGUUGGUUGUUAUUGUCCUUUUUUGGUUUGGUUUUGUUUUGUUUGCCUAUUUUAUCUUUUUGGUUCUGUUAAUCUCAGAUGACCUCCCCUCAGGUUGAAAAUUUCACUUAAAUGGGCGUUGUAAGCACUCACUUUCAUGCCUGAGUUCUAAACUCCCCUCUUCUGUGUACGUUUACAUAGUUAGUUCCAAUAAAUGAGGGGUGUUUUCAAUUCAAAACAGUGUUAAUCUGUUCAAAUUGCUCAUGCUGACAGAACUGUUCAUUUGAGAGACAUCGGGCACAGUUUGAAUGCACUGAAGCUGCAGCUAAUUAAGUGAGAUAUAGUAGACAUAACAGUUGUGGCAGUGAGUUCUGUAGCUAUUUUGCUUACCAAGUAGUAUAUUACAAAAAUUCCUAGUUCCUAGAAGCACUCUUUACACUGUACUCUGCUAUUACAUUGCCUCUUUAACUCUUUGUAAAGAGUACACUAAUUAAAGCAUUUUGUAAUAGUACUUCUUAAUCUACUAUGGUAAGAUUGUAGUAAAAGAAAACUAUCUAGUGUAUUUUGGUCUGUAAUUGCAACAGAGAGGAAUUUUCUUUUUUACAUUGAUUGCUAGAGAAAGAAUCAUUGAAUUGUAAAGGCUGAAUGUUUUGGUAAUCUACAACCAAAUGUGCCAUCCACAUAAUGCUUUUUCCUCUUGCCCUUCUGCUUGUUUGAAUUAAACAAUUAUGUAUUUAAUUCUCGAAGUAAUAUGUAUCUGUAGCUGAUUGUUGACACUAAUACAGAAGAUUAAUAAAAACUGAUCUUGGGGUGGGGUGGGCGGGCUACCAACACUAUUCUAUAUAUAGAUAUAUAUAUAUUUGCUUUAUAGAGAAAAUCUUCAGGGUUUACAGAUUGGUGGGAUUGGUAGUAGGAGACACACAGAAUGUUUAUGAAGAAAAUGCAUUUUCUCUUUUCUUUACAUUUAAACUCCUUUAUGGUUUAAAUAUACAGUCUUGAGAUGGCACAUUCCUGAGAUUGAAGAAGAGAUCUUGAGAUCUCAAAUUCUUGCAUACCCAGUUUUUUGGAUAUUGUAAUAAAAAAGAUAUUAUGUCAA